UUCAUGUAGCCCAUGUAGCCCACGUUGCCCUCUACUAGUAUCACUUGUGCCGGAUAAAGGUGUCCACUCAGGGCCGGCCAGCGAAUGGAAUGUUGAUGGGAGCUGGUCGAACUUCAAGUCGAACCAUCGGCGGGUUGGAGCCAGCCAGACCCUCGCUUCCAACGCUUCCUCCAGAGUCCCUCAGCCGCUAAAUUGGUUUCUCCUGGUCGAUCCUCCUCCCUCUACUGGCCCUGCCGGGGACAUUGUUGAUCCUUUCCUUGCUGUACCCUUCUAGCUGCGCACACUCUUGACGACCUCAACUUCGGAUGGUGCAGCUCUUUAACCCUCAACAACAGCAUCGCCUUUUCUCCUGUCGGAUGGUGUUCUGUGACUUACUGAUACCCCUGGCUGGAGCGUCUGACAGUCUAGGCCGCAAUUCUGAUCCGUUGCGCCAACCAUUGGGUCCCCUCGCCACGAAUCUUCUUGUCCCUCAUCCUCGCGGUAUCCGAAUCUGCUCCCGUUUAUCGCCCUGUUCAAGACGACGAACAAUUUUGGCCGAAAGGUCGUUCUUUCGCCAGGACGUCUGGCUCAAGAUUUCGGAGCUGCAGAGCCUCUCUACAUCCUGCGCCAAUUCACUACUGUUCGUUUGCAGCAAGGUCCUUGGCUGGUCAUCAUGAAUAAAUGGAGAAGCUGAGAGGGAGGGAGCACACACUGUCUGUUAAGAGUUGAGAUGCGAAAGAGCACGAAGCCGGUGUCACCGCAACCAUGCGGAUCUCCAUCCGUGAGCAGCUCGGCCUGCUCGUCCUGUUUUGUUCUCUUAUGUCUUUGAUGGUACUUGCGCUCGCAGUGUGGUUUCAAAAUUACAACUUCAUCAUAAGCAUAAGACUGUCGGGACUUGCAUUGACAGCUUCGCUGAAGGCGGCACAACUAUCCAACACUCUGCUGUUAUAUACCUCACAGGUGGAAUCAGUGUCUACCCGUGUCCUCAUUCAGAGUGCCCUUUCUAGGUACAAUGCGGGCAACACAAGCAGCGCAAACUGGGAUCGAUCACAGGGUGACCUCGAGGGCGCGUUAGCCGAUGGAUCUCUUCUAGUACAAGCAACGAUCUUUCCCAGCUUCUUCAAUGGAAACGAAACCGCUAGGAACGGGCUGUUAAAUGUCACCGCCGACGGCGUGGUGGGGGUGGUGAAACUCCCAUACACGAAUCCCGACGGUUCGGCUGUCUAUCUUGGAGAUCCUGGACUGGGAUACCCGCCUUCACUCUAUCCCAAUCUGACGUACGGCCCUCCAGCACCCGGCACAAAUUACUCGUCGGUUUCCUAUAAUGGUCGCAGGAUCAGCGCAGGCAGUCCGCUAUUCUUGGGGCCUUUGAUCGUGAACGAUUCCUACUCUCUGCUGUCGGUCACGGUGCCAAUGAUCAACAAUACGUCGCGCUCGGAUGUCCUCGGUUGGUUGACGAUCGUAGUGAACAUGGAGAUGAUCUACACCGUCCAGGACUCGCCAGAAGGGUUGGGCAAGACAGGAGAAACCCUUCUUGUCGGGCCAGCGACUCCAGACAACGUCUUUCAAACGGAAAUCAGGGGCACCACAGCCAGCGAGUCCGGAUCCAAACAAGUCCGGUUCCUUCUACCGCCGCACAGCAAUUCUACACUGCAAGGACGACACCAAGCUAGAAGCUCGAUUGCAACCUCCACCAUACCAUUUGCAAUGUCUUCCUAUCCCGCCGUUCUGGCUGCUUGGACCAAAGACAACCGUGCCAUCAACAACGCAGGGGCUUUCAUCUCGACACACGACGAGGAUGGCACCAAGGUGUCUGCCGGAUAUGCCGUCGUAUCUACGCGUUUUGUUGAUUGGGUGCUCAUAGUGGAGCAAGCGCACCAGGAAGUGAUUGCCCCAAUCAACCACUUACGCGAUGUAGUCCUCAUCUGUGUUUUCUCCGUGGCUGGUCUGCUCCUGGUAGUGAUGCUACCUAUCGCCCAUUACUCGGUUACCCCAAUCCGGCAACUGCGUGCCGCAACAGCAAAGACUGUGGAGCCUUAUCAACCGGACGAUGCGAGUGAAUACUCAAGUUCAGUGGGCAAUAAUCUCUCGCCCAAUGACGGUGGCAGUCCCGAUCCCGUUGACCAUGGAGAAGCCCGGAAGGAAGGCUUCUUCGGUAUACUGCCAAAAAUAACUAGACCGAAACGUGAACGGUCCACAACUCCCAGAAACUUACGGCGGAGGACGUUCCGGAUACCGCGGAAGGUCCCAGAGCGUCGACACUGUAUCACGGAUGAAUUGACCGAGCUGACACGGACUUUCAAUGAAAUGUCUGAUGAGUUGACCAUGCAAUAUGAGCGCCUGGAAGAGCGGGUAAAAGAACGAACAGCGGAACUGGAAAAGAGCAAAAAGGCUGCAGAAGCGGCAAAUCAGAGCAAAACUCUUUUCAUCGCAAAUAUCUCCCACGAACUCAAAACACCAUUGAAUGGUAUCCUUGGACUCACUACCGUUUGCAUGAACGAGGAUGAUUUGGGCCGAAUACGUUCGACUCUAAGCACCAUUUACAAGUCCGGUGACUUACUCCUCCACCUUCUCACUGAUCUCCUCACGUUCAGCAAAAACGAAGUCGGGCAGCAAUUGUCUAUUGACGAGGCCGAAUUCAGACUCAGUGAUCUGAGCACACAAUUAUUGCCCACUUUUGAAAAACAGGCGAGAGAGGCGCAAAUCGACCUCAAGGUUCUGUUCCUAGGGACGAACGACGCAUUUGGCGACAGUUCCGAGAACUCUGGUGAAAAGCUGUACGGCCCAGUUGGCACGGGACGAGUAAGGGAUAUGUGUUUGUGGGGGGAUAAAAAUCGCAUCUUACAGGUCCUGAUGAAUUUUGUUAGCAACAGCUUGAAAUUUACGCCCCCUCAUGGCUCAGUCACCGUCCGCGUCCGCUGUACUGGACUGCUCGAACAUCAACCAAGCCGCGCGGGCAGUACCAGGAAGUCGUCUUUCAACUCGCGGAAGUCAAAAUCCUCAAGCAACAAGAGAGUACGAAUGUCAGACGGCUCGCUUGUGAUCCCAGACACUACAGACCACGAGAAAACCCGGUCGAACUCGCCACUCGAGGAAUCCAAGCUUAGUAUCAAUGUUGCUGGCGGAACUGCGCACAUACACAAAGUUGCCGAGCGACAGCGGUCAAUGUCGCCUCCGCCGAUCAAUACGAAAGACUUGCUUUUUGAGUUUGAGGUCGAGGAUACCGGACCGGGAAUUCCUCCCGAGCAACAGAAAAUGAUCUUCGAACCAUUUGUGCAAGGUGAUCUUGGACUGAGCAAAAAGUAUGGCGGUACUGGCCUUGGACUCAGUAUCUGCGCACAGUUAGCCGAGCUGAUGGGCGGCGACAUCUCUCUUGACAGCCAGCCCGGCAUAGGGAGCAAGUUUACAAUGCGAAUCCCACUCCGUUACGUUUGCGAACGGAGUGCGUCAACAGCUUCCUCGACGCACCGAACCCUGUCCAAAGCGAGCAGUUUCGUGGGACAGGCGCUCCAUGAUUCAGUUGAUCAGACCCCGCUCCACAACACAGGCUCAACGACGUCCUUGGGAUCGACGAGAGACGAUGCGCCUGAGCCACCCAAAUUGGCUGAUGUACCGCGAAUAGUGGGGUUCACUCAGCCUUAUGUCGCUAAGGAAACCAAGAAAAGCGACGCCCGUGAAGCCAAUCUCCACGAGAUGAAGAAGGCAGAGAGCGAAGCCGUUGAGAAAGGCAAAAAAAUUCGCGUCUUGGUAGCGGAAGACAAUAAAAUAAACCAAGAGGUUGUCCUCCGUAUGCUUAGGUUAGAGGAUGUUUAUGAUGUCACGAUUGCGAAAGAUGGUCAAGAAGCAUUCGAAAAGGUCCGGGAGUCGAUGCAUAGCGGUGAGCGGUUCGACCUCGUCUUCAUGGAUGUACAGAUGCCAAAUCUCGAUGGCAUCCAGUCCACUAGACUCAUCCGUGAAAUGGGAUUCUCGGCACCCAUUGUCGCCCUUACAGCAUUCGCAGAGAAAUCUAAUGAGGACGAGUGCAUGGCCUCCGGGAUGGAUUAUUUUCUGGCCAAGCCGAUUCGAAGGCCCGCUCUCAAGCAAGUGCUGAAGAAAUAUUGCGCAACCAUUCCCGAAGAGGAGAAUGAGGGCUCUGCAGCCGCCACAACCCGCGGAACUGGCAAAACAGCCCCAAAACAAACAAAGCAAACGAAUGGCGGGCCACCUGCUUCGACUAUCCGAGUGCCUGACGCUGAUGAUGUCUCGCCCCUAUCGUGACCACUCGAGGUUCGGUUUCAUUCCGGACUUGGGGAGACCGAACCUCCAUACUAAUGGUAUUGUACGAAUCAUAAUAUGCAUUUGGGCUCAAAUCUAUCAAAAAAAGGCUACAGAUUUGGACGGCGUUCAAAAAUUGACGGGAAAUGAGAAAACCUUUGAGCAUUGGUGCCCGACAUAAGGCAGCGUUGGUGUCAGGCGUGGUAGAUACUCUUGUUUUAGGUAUGGUGAGGCUGGUUCAUGACAUGAGCGGCAGCGCGACGACAGCUGGCAAACAGCGAUGUAGGAAGUGCUCGAUACAUAUCCUGUUGGUUGCGCCUGUGGAUGUGACACCCUCUGGACUGGGUCAAGGAAAUGGUACGGCAAUACUCUGUAUUCGUAGAUUGACUGCAGAACCAGCCCUCAAUCUGGGAAGAGAGUCUAGUAGGCCUUGUAUGAUUUGAAAAUGAUUCAAAUUGGCUUCCUUGCCGGACUCGCUCACGAUUCAACUUCGAGCAUCACAAUCAUCAGGCGGAAGUAAGGACCCCACGAUUUGGACAACAAAGGCGCAUUAGUAGUAGUGGACAGCUCAGAUCUUGCAUGACAUCAAUACUCCAAGCUGGCGAUCAG